GUGACGUCAGGCCGGGCGGCGAGGCUGGGAGCAGGCGGUGCUUUGCGGCGCUUCCCUUAGGGUGACGCGCGGACUCUCCUCCCCGCGCCAGCCGGCCCGCCCGCCCGCCGGCCUCGCCGCCGCCGCCUCCCUCAGCGCGCGGAGCACUGGCCAGCAGCCGGGGCGGAGGCCCAGGGGUGACGCGGCGCCUGUUAGAGCGCGGGCGGGCGGGCUUCGGAGCGCCGGGCGGCUAGGGUCCGCAGCCGGUCGGUGCGCGGCGGGCUGGCGGCAGGCGCGGGUCUAUAUGGCGGCGGCUCUGUCGGGCCUGGCCGUCCGGCUCUCGCGCUCGGCCGCCGCCCGCUCCUAUGGGGUCUUCUGCAAGGGGCUGACCCGCACGCUGCUCAUCUUCUUCGACCUGGCCUGGCGGCUGCGUAUCAACUUCCCCUACCUCUACAUCGUGGCUUCCAUGAUGCUCAACGUCCGCUUGCAGGUUCAUAUUGAGAUCCAUUGAAGACCUUCUGCCAACUGACAAAGGCGUGUCCUGAGGCCCAGUGCGUCAGAGAACACAGCAUGAGGGAC